GCCGACGCGAGCAAGACACUCACACUGGGGUCAUAUUAUACAAUAUAAAAUCAAUAGUACUUAUUUCUCGGCGUCACACAUUGUCUGUGCGUUUGGUGUUUAGCUUAUUCUUUAAGUUAUUAGGUACGUACUCAAAAUAUUAUAUUAUAUUAUUAUUAGAGUAAGUACACGUUCAAAUUUUAUGUAUGUACUUGUGUAUUUUGUUAAUGUUUAAAUAAUUUACAGGCAAUUGCAGAAUCAUGUCACAUUCCGCAAUGGAUUUGAUUUUGGAAUUCUUAAGAAGUAGAAACAUCCCUGACGCUGAAGAAAUUUGCCAAAAAAUGGAUUUAACCAAGGUACCUAUGUAUUACCUAUAAACUUAUAAAUUUAAAUUUAUUUGUCUGUGUCGUGUAGGUACUAUUGUGGUGGUAGUUGUAAUGGCAGGGGGGAGUGGGAAUAUAGCCAGUGGUGGUAAAUUUGUAUUUAUAAAAAAAGUAAUUAUUUUUAAAUUAUUUAAAACUUGGUAUGUUGAAAAAAGUACAUUGUGUAGGAGAUAGUAGGUACCAAGGGACCUCGCUAAUGCUAUUAACUGUUUAAAGAGCAAAAUGUAUGCAAUUUCUAAUUUCGUCACCGUUUGUCAGUGAUUAUUGGGUUAGUCGUAAAUGAUUAUUGAUUAUUAGUGUGAGGAUGGUAAUACUAUCAUCUGUACACAGAGUAGAUACCUAGUCUAUUCAUAUCACAGUGUUGCAUCUAAUGUGUGUCUCAUUGUUAUCACAUAAUUACUUUUUGCUUUUUACAUUUUUAUUCUAUUCUUAUAGUAAUUGAGUUAUUUAUAAAAUAAUAUUUAUUUUUAUCUUUAUUCUAUGAUUUCUACCAAGUAUUCAAAUUUUUAAUAUUGUCAAGCCAAAUAGGUAUUAAAAAAAAUAUUAGCAUUAUUUAUGAUUAAUAACCAAAAUUUAUAAAAUCAAUUUUAUCCUCAGUGAAAUAAUUCAAAAACAUUUAUUUAUUGAACAUUUUUUGUUUGAACUCCGUCAAGACCUUCAAAAUCUUGAACAUCAAAUUAUUGAAAGUUAAAAUCUUGAACAGAAAAAUCUUGUACUCAAAAAUGGAUAUUUAUAAGGGGCAACUAUAGGACAUCUGUAUGUAUCUGGAUAUGUUCUAUAUUUUGAAGGUCUUGAAGCAAGUUCAAAAUUAUGUUAAGAUUUUGCUAUUAAAUGGAAUGGACAUUCCAAAUUAUGAUUGAUUUAUUUUAUAUUGUUUUUCUAUAUUUUACAGUUCAAUAAUCUGUUCAAAAUAUUAACUAAUUUUUAUUUCUUCAAAAUUUUAGUUAAAAAUAUCAAUGUUCAGGGGUGUUUAAUAGUAGUAAUUUAAGAACUCAUUAAUUAUAAAUAAAUAACAUAACAAUAUAUAUUAAUUUUGUAGCUAUUUAAUUUAACAUUUUAAGUAUUGACAAUUUAUAACAUUAAAAGUAGUAUAUCCAUAUGAGGUACGAGUACACCAUUUUUAUGUAAUUUUAAGAUAAUAAAGAAUAAAGAUAAUAAUAAUAAUAAAGGAUGGAUAUACUUCACAGGUGGGUGCAGCCAGUUUUGUAGGUGGGAAUGUAGGAAGGUAGUUUGGGAAGGUAGGAUACAGAGGGGAAUUUAAUAUGUAUCCGUAAAUAACGAUAAACCAUUGCUAACAAAAAAUCGAUUCUAGGCAGAAUUCAGUUGAUAGUGUUGCUUUGUCAACAAUAUAUAUAUACUAUGGUAAAAUGACUACAACAAUUCUAACAAUUCAACAAUUUCUAUGACAAUGAUUAUUUAAAAAAGAUUUAAAAUAAUAAAAACUUAAUAAUAACAAAAAAUAAAUAAAUGGUUGCCAAUAAUAACCUUAUUUUUAAUUUUUCAAUCUUUUUUAACCUAAAGAACCAGGUUUUCCUCGUUAUCUCCAAUAUUAAUGAGAAUUUUAAUACAUUACCUCUGUAAAGAAAAGGUUCUAUACUUAGUAAUUGGAGUAAAAUUUCUGAAAGAAACUGUUCACACAAAAAAAAAUGAACAUUGUAAAACCAAUACAUUCUUCACUCCACUUAGAAUCUAAAAUAUAUAUAUAUAUAGAUUUAUGAUAUAUUUUUUUUAUUUUUUAAUUAAGAUAUCAAAAACAUUCUAUUACAAUAUACAUCAAAAUUAAAUUUUUUACAGAAUUGAUUAACUUACCUCUUGUAAGCUUAUACAGCUUGUGUUGGAGAUAAAGAGCUAUGAUUACUACUUUAUCUAUAAUAAAUAAGAACAUAGUGUAAAUAUAUUUCAAUGUAAAAGAUAAAAUUUUAAAUACAUCUUGAAGCAACUCUAAAAAUAUAUAAACUAGCUAAUUUUUUAAAUAAAAAUGUUAAUGGCAAAUAAAUAAAUAAAAACAAAUCAAAAUUGUUUGCUAUAUGUAUAGGUACAAUAAAUAAAAAAUAAUGAAAUAAAAUUGGGUUAUAUUACCCUAAAUCCUUGUCUAAUUCAAAGAAUAAAUAUUUGUAUGUUAGAUCUUUAAUAUUUACAAUUUCACUACUAAGUAUUUUUUUUCUAAAGUCAUAGGGCAUAGAGUUGAAAAAAAUUGAACCCUGAUAGUCUACAAAAUGCUGACCGAAAAAAGUAUUUGCAUAUUUCACAUUCAAAUCAUAUUUUUUCAUUUUCCUUUUGUUGCUUACCUCCUUUUGAUUGUUAUUUAAAUUAAAUUUCUUAUAUAUAAUAUAUAUAAUGUGUAUUUAAUGUGAAUCCACACCCAUAUAGGUAUUAAUAAAAUUUCUUAACUGCAAAUACUUUAGCAUAAGUCUCUUUGUUAAUUUGUACAUAUUUGUAAGUUUAUGGUAUGAACUGUAUUAGUCUUUCAGUACUACCAGGAAAAAUGUGUGAAAUUACAGCUCCUACUGCAUAUGAACUAGUAUUCUUAUCUACUAUAAUUGGUAAUAUUAUAUUUUAGUGAGUUAAUAUUUACUCACUUUGUAUUUGUCUUUUAAUUUCAUUAAAAGAGUACUCGCAUUCUUCAUCCCAUUCAAAUUUCGUAUUAUGACAGUAAUUUAUUUAAAGGGUAAAGUAAGUCACUCAAAUUUGUAAAAAAUCUAGCAUAGUAGUUAAUUAGUCCUAAACAAGCUCUUACUUCAGACUGAUUAAUGGGACCCUCAUAUUAUGAAUAACAUGUACUUUAAAAUAUCAAUUAAAGUAUUAAAUUCAAUCCUGAAAUAAAAUAUUUUUUUUAAUAUUAAUUUUUGAGUUCUGUUCAUGUAACCUUUUUAAUAUAAAUUCUAGUAUUUCCAAAUGUUAAUAUCAUCUAGAAAAACCAAUACUUCAGGUAUACUAGUUAAAACUAUUUUCUAUUUCUUUUUGCCAAAUUUGGAUGCAGAUGCUACACUAAACAUUUAUCUAGUAAAUUCAUAUAAGCUUUUGUGUGUAUUGAACGUUAAUAUAUGUCUGUUUGAAACAUGUACUGAUAAGUGUAAGUAAGCUUGGCUUAGGUCAAUUUCAAUUUUUGUAAAUUACCUGCCAUAUAAUUUAUUUACAGUUGGUAAUGGUUGAUUAUACACUAACAAAAAUGUAUUUAUAAUGGUUUUAAAAUCUCCUUAUAAUCUUAUCUUACCAUUUGGUUUUACAACCGGACAACAGGCAUAACCCAGUUGGAUGAAUUUAUUUUCUUAAGUACCCCUUAAUUUACCAAAUUUUCAAUUUCAUCCUCUAUUUUGGUCUUAAGUGUAAAAGGAACAGAUAGAGUUUUAACAAAAAUAGGUUUGAGGUUUGGGUUUAUAGUAGGUUUUGCUUGUAUAUUUUUAAUUUCACCUAUAAAUUCUGAUACUGAAUGAUUUUUUUAUAAUAGUUUGUGUACUUCAUUUGCUGCUGAUAAUUUAUUUACUAUUUAUUAUUUUUAUUUCCAAAUAAUUUUUGCUAUUCUAAUUUUAUUAUUUUUAACCAUUCACGGCCUUUUAAUGUUUAUUUAUUGCCAAUUGUACAUUGUUAAAGUAAUUUUAAUAGUCUUGUUUUCUUAUAACUGUUACUGCUGCCCCUGAAUUAAUUUCAAUGUUAUUCAUUUAUAAAUUAACAAAUAUUUUGACUGAUUAUUUUACUAUCUUCAUUAAUCUCAAAAAGUUCAGCAAUAUUGCAACUGGUGCCAUUACUGUUCCCCAUGUCUACAGUUUUUACUUGUAAAUAUUUAGUACAAGCACAUUUUAAAUAUCCAACUUUAGAAACAUGAACCCAAAUUUCAUGAGUUUUAUCACAAGUGUUUACUAAAUGUGUGUUCGAACCACAAUAACAACAUUUAUGUUUUUGAUUUAGUUUUUACUACAUGUUUGUUUUUGUUUUCCACUUUAUAUCUACAAUAAUUAUUAUACUUAUUACUAAACGAAGUUCUUUUGUUACCUGCUUUGUUCAGUUAGGCAAUCUUACCUGUUAUCGUAUUCUAUUUGUGUAACUAAACCACAUCCCUCAUAGACACCUCCAUAGCCAUUGACUUUUCUACCACCUUCACUCAAAUGACCAAAAGCCUUGAUUGAAUUUGGGGUUUUUGUAGACCAAAAACAAAUUGAUUUCUUAAGGCUUUAAGUUAAUAGCUUUGGCCAUACUUACAAUUUAUUGACAAGCUUUAUUAUGUUGCCACAAAUUCUUGAGUAGAUUCUCCUUUUUGAGUUCUUAGUCUUUACCUGUAGUUCUGCGUAAUUUCUAAUGGUGCUGGGUUAUAGUGUUUGUGCAUAAUAUUAACCAAUUCAUCAUACCUUUUCUUAGCUUGGUUACCUGGUUCAAUUUAGUCGCAUAGUAUAUUGUAUAUUUCCAUACAGAUAAUACAGGUAAUUUAGUAGACACUGUACUUAUAAAUCUACACUAAUAUUGAACACCUUGAAUAAACUUUCCAUGUGUUGGAUCAAUUGAUUCAAACGAUAUCUCUUUGGAUCAAAACCAUCAAUCGUAAAUGUGGCUUGAACUGUAGUAAAUGUAUUAUUUAUAUUUUCUGUAUUAAUUGUUUCUUCAGCCAUUGUACUUGUCUACUUGGUGAUGUGCAUCCAUGUUUAUCAAUUCAAUCUUAAAUCUUGUGCCCAAAUUUGUUGUAAUUGUGGUAAUAUAAGAAUUCAUUAAUUAAAAAUAAAUAACAUGACAGUAUAUUGUAAUUUUGUAGUUAUUUAAUUUAGUUUAGUUAAGUAUUAACAAUUUAUAACAUUAAAAUUAGAAUAUCCGUAUGAGGUACAAGCACAAUAUUUGUUAUGGAAUUUCAAAGCAAUGAAGAAUAAAGAUAAUAGGAAGAAUGAUAAUAAUUUUACAGUGUAUCCACAUAAACAAGAGAUUUGGUUUUCAACCAUUUGUAUGGCAUCCCUAAUAUAUUCUUAAUACAAUUUUAAAAGCCUGACAUACUACGCACCAUGAGUGGGUCACUGUUUGAUGCAAAGUUAGAAAGGUGAAUGCAUAGGUAGUGUACUUUAUGCUACAAAAAUUGUACAUUAUUUAUUUAUAUUUUGUAAUAGAUAUCUCAUAUUUAUAUUGAUUCCUAUAUAAAUAAUAAAAACCAUUUCAACCCUCAUUCGAAAUUUCUGAGUACACUUUCUCUACUUUAAAGAUGAUUAAAAUAAACUUGCAGAAUGCAAUGUCAGAGGUAUAUUUAUACCAUUUAACCAUUAAGUACUAACCAUUUUAAUAAUUUUGUUUUUACUUUAUUAUUUUAUUAUUGUGUAUAUAUAAUUGAAAAUUAGGAUACAAUACAAACAUUAUACACCUUAUAAGUUAUAAGAAUAAUUCAAUAUUUUAUUUAUUCAAAUCAGUUUAAUGGAUUGACUAUGUUAUCAGUCCAUAGAAAUGUACCUGCCAUAGUACAUUAAAUUAUUUAAUUUAUAUCUAUAAGCAAUAAUAAACUAUUGCUAAGGAAAAACCAUUUUACACAAAGUUCAUUUAUACAUGAUUUGAAGGGAGUAAUAUUUAUGAUUUUAAUUAAAAUUACUACAUAACAGUCUUUUUUUUUGCUUUUUAUUGGCCACUAAGUACAACUUAUAAUAAACAACGUGAUCAAUUUUCAAGAAUUUCUGUUUGGUUAAAUAAUUUUAACAAAACAGACAAACAUAAAAUGCCUAUAAAUAGCUCAAAAAUCUGUAAAAUUUGACUAGUCUAGAAAGACCAUUAAAAGUUAUCUAUCAAAAUUUCAAGUUUCUAUAAAUAUUUUCUAAUUCAAUUGCAACAAAAAAAAAAAUUUUAAAUAAUUAAAUCAUUACUUAUGUAAACUUCCUCCGUCAUUUUUAGGUUUUCGUCUGGUUUUCCUCAAUUAUUAAGAAAAAAUACAUAGAAAAUCAAAAAAUGACUUUUACUCCCCAAUAUGAUCAAAAAUGUAACAAAAAAUGUUUCUUAUCGUUUAACUAUUGAAGCAAUAUUUCUUAUAUAAAACAUAAACUAUAAAAGUUCAAAUUCAGGAAAUCCUAACACUAUGAAUUUGUCAGUUUUCAUUUUAUGUAUUUUUCUAGUUUUUCAAAUUUUUAUAAAAACCACAAGAAAAUCAAAAAAACUACCUCUGUAGUACACCAUCUAGAUAAAAUUUUCUUUUAGAAAAGAUGCUACAUUUGAUACAUCGGAGCAGGUUUUCAGUUUGAAAAGUUGAUUACAGACAGAAAAAAAAACACAUACAUAGUAAAAAUAAUGUAAAACCGCUCUGCUCUGAAUCUUAAAUUCAUAAAUCUUAAAAAAUCAUUUUUUUGAAAAAUAAAUUUCAGUUUUUAUUAUAGGUGGAUAUAAAUGUGCUGGCUGCAUUAACCGAGUACGAUUUUCUACUUUAUGAAUGGUUACCUAAAGAUGAAGAUCGAAUGGCCUUAAUUGAUUGGGCCAAGGAAGUUCAGUCCAAAGAAGGUGCGUCCAAUGUGUUACCUAACAUUGUUUUAAAUGACUCAUUUAGAGAAAGUGAACAUUUGCAUGUAGAAGAAAAAGUAGAAGAUGUUCCUGUUGAAUCCACUUUGGAUAAGUAAGUUUUCUGCUAUUAUUAUUCUAAACAAUUUAUUAUUUACAUACUAAUUUACAAUAAUUUAAAUAAUUUGCUAUAUAAUAUUUAAAGGGUUAUUGAAAAUAAUGAAGUUAAAUCGAUCAGAGUACAAAUUGGUUGGAUUCAUUAUAAUAAUGACAUAGGAUAUGAACAGGUUAGUUUUUUCACUUAUUGAAUAAUUCCUUUUUGCUUGUUUUCUCCAGUAUUAAUCAUCAAAAUCCUUUUUGAUAAUUUUAUAAACAUAUUUCUACUAGGUACAGAAAUUAUGUUAUGAUUAUUUGUUUUUAAUUCUAUAAAAUUGAUAUUGAUCCAUGUGUAUUGGUUGUAGAUUAUCAAUAAACUGGGUGGUGGUAUUAGGGAGGUGGAGUGUUCAUCAACAUCUACGGUAGAUGAUAUACUUCGACUAACUAAAAUAAUAUUCUUCGGUAGAGAAAACAUAACAAUAUUUGGUGCUUGGGAUGAUUUCAAUUCUGCAAUAGUUGACUUUGAACAAAAAUUCAUUGAAAAUAGUACAAAAGUUGAAGAUUUGCUUGACUUAAAUGGAAAAAUUGGUAUUUAUUUAACUAUCUCUUCCACUUUAUUGUGUAUUUAAAAAUAGUUUAGAUAGUUAAUAAUUAUUUAUUAUAAUAAUAUAUAUGCAGCACCCUGUAAUACAUUUUUUAGGAGUACCGAGAUGUUAUUUAGUCACUAGAGAUAAAGCAUUGGAGUCAUUUGAUAUACAUGCUUACAUUGCUAUAAAUCAUCCUACACCUUCUCCAUAUUAUGCUGCUACUACAUUAAAUAAUACGGAUCCUAACAUUUUGGAACACAGUAAUUUAUAUAUUAUAUGUUUAUAGGUCAGAUUUAUGUCUAAAUAUGUUUUAAUAAUUAGAUUCUAGUACUGAUACUGACACUAAUGUUCAAUGUGCAUCAUCGUCAACCAGUCAUGUUUUGGAACCAUUUACAUACCAUGGAGGUAAGUACAUAAAUAAAAACUUACAGUAAAUUAAAUUUGUGUUUUUUCAUAAUACCAGAAAAUGAAAUAAAUAAUUAAUUUUGUUUGAUUUUCUAGAAAUCUAUUUCUUAGUUAAUCAUUUUUUUUUCUUUUUUCACUUUACAAUUGUUUAUUAGGUAAUUUAUUUGUCUACAGUUUUAAUUAAGUUUAAUUAUUAAAUAAUAUGUGAUAUUAUGACUUAAGUUAAUUGUCAACUAAAAAAAAAAAAAAAUGUUAAACUAAAUAUUAUAUUUUACUCUUGAUAUAUUAAUCACAUUAAAAAAUGGUUAUUUUUUAUUUUAAUAGAGUUUACAACCUUCAUACUAAUUGUACAUAAAUAAAGGAUAUAAAAAAAAUAAUAUUUUAUUUUAAAGUUACAUUUUUAGUUAGUUAAAAAUAAUAAAGAAGUUAUUAUAUUUAACCCUUUGAACCCUUUAAAUUUCAUUUUGUUUAAUCCAAUAUACAACAUUUUUUUUUUUGUGUAGGAAAUAUCCCUAAAUACCAUUAUGGUGAAAUGAAUGAUGAAGGAAAUGGAGGAUAUAUCAAACAACCUACUGAUAUUGAAAAGAACAUACUAGUUCUUCAUCGUGGUAGUAUAUUUAAAGAAAUGGUUGAAAUAUUCAAAAACAGAAAUAAACAUGGAUGUGGUACAAUAUACAUCGAACUCUUGCAUCCAAAUGGUCAUCCUGAACAAGGUGUUGAUACAGGUGGUGUGCUUCGAGACACACUUUCAGAAUUUUGGACCACGAUGUAUGAAACAUGCACAAUUGGUAUUGAUAUAAAAAUACCGUGUAUAAGUCAUACUUUUAAAGAAGAAGAAUGGAGGGCCAUUGCUAAAAUAUUUUAUGUGGGCUGGAUAAAUACUAAGUAUUUGCCAAUUAAACUGGCAAUGCCUAUCCUCGAACAAAUGUUGAUUGGUCAAGUAACAUCUGAACUGGUACCCCCAUUUUUACAAACUUUAAGUAUAAAUGAUAGAAAUGUUUUAUCACAUGCACUGGAGAAUUUUACUUCUGUUAAUCAAGAGGAUUUAAUUACAAUCUUGGGAAAUCUUGAAUGUCGUGUAAUUCCCAAUGAAAACAAUUUGAAAGAAGUCCUCGAAGAAAUUGCAUACAAGGAAUUGGUACAAAAGCCACACUUUAUUAUUAAACAGUUUCAACUGGAAUUUGAUAAUCUUGGCAAGAUGAAGUUGUCCGGAAUUUUAACCAAAGAGAAGUUGUAUAAACUUUAUAAAUCAAUGGAGCCAACUGUUUUCAACAUACUGAACAUUUUAGUUUGCGAGUAUAGCUAUGCCACCGAGAAUGAGAUAAAGAUCUAUGGAUAUCUUAAAAAGUAUAUUUUCAAUUUUUAUAUGAAGUAUUUACAUCUUAUUUUAGGUUCUGAUCACGUUUUUUUUUUGUCUGAAAACAAUUUUUCUACCAGAAAUCUUGUUUUAACUUUCAAAUAUAGCAUAUUUUUAAAAGCAAUUUUUUUUUACUUGUAGUUUUUUAAUAAGUUUCAUUUUUUUAUUUUUAUUAAAAAUCUUACUUCAAAUGUCAAAAGUAGAAUCUUUUUUUAAAAGAAUAUUGUUCGUAGUUAGUACAUAAACAUUUUGUGUUUUUAUUCUUCAUGUAGUUUUCUUAAUAAUUAGGACAAAUUUAGGAAAACUGGAAAGUUUACUGGGAAUUCACUACUUGGUUUCACUAUUUUUAAUUUUGUUUGGUGUGAUUUAUAUUGAUAAUGCACUAAUGGUUUAUCAUUAGGUACAUAUAUAAAUUAAAUAACUUUAUGAGUUCUACCUUGCAAACUCCCCACUUACAACAGUUGCACGCAUAUUAGCAGUAUCAUUAAUUUUUUUUACUUGACAUUUAAAUUAUUAAAAUUAUUAAUAUUAUAUUAUGUUAUUGUAACAUUUUUCAAUAUUUUUUUUUAUCUCUUUCAAGGUUUAUCAAGUCCACUACUGAUGACUUCCGGCUCAAAUUUGUAAGAUUCUGUACAGGGUCUGAUGUGAUUACCGACAACCAGAUUGUUGUUAGAUUUUCAGACCUUAUGUGGUAUAAUCAUUAUGCUCCUAUAGCUCACACAUGUUCCUGUAUUCUACAACUUCCACUUAAAUACAAGAGUUAUGAAUAUUUCCAAAUGGAGAUGGAUUGCAUUUUGUCAUCUAAUUGUUGGACUAUGGACACCUAUUGAAUAAUGUAGAAUUAGUUAAUCAUAAUUAUUCUGUGUACUAGUACUACAAGUUUUUUUAGUCACUAUUAUCUAUCAUUAUUUAGUAUAAAUAUAUCCUAACACAGGGGUGGAGUGGGCCUCAAAUUCAGAUCAGAAAAUUAAAAUUUAUCAAGGCCAUCCAAUACAACAAUACAUAACUACCAAAAAAAAAAAAAAUGGUUCUUGAAUUUGUAGCAAAGCCAAGAUAUUGAAUAUAUUUUUACUUAAGUCAUGAGUAAAGAUAACAAUUGGAAGUAGUUUCAAACAAAAAAUUCAGAAAAGUGAUUUUAACAAUAUACAUUUUAAUGUAACAUGUACUUUGAAUGAAAAUGUAUUUUAAUAGGUAGAUACUAAAAUAAUAAUAUAAUAUGUGUCUUAUAUAACUUUUUACUAAGCUUUUAAAUAAUAUGAUUAAAAAUAUGAUCUAGACCAUUUUGCAAACCAACCACUCCGCUCCUGGCCUUAUAUAAUAUUUCUUUUUAUUCAACAUAUUAAUACUUUUGUUUUAUGUAUUUUAAAUUAUCUCAAAGUGUG